CUCUGUUUGCAACAGGGACUUUCGGACAUGCACACACACUCGGGUAGGGAAUCUUAGGAGCAGACAGAACAGGGAGAUCGGGCCGGAGGUUCCUGCAGAGACCGGCUCCCCUCAGGAGCCCGCAGGGUCUUCAGAGCAUGACCAGUGGCGGGAGAGGAGGCUAAACCACUUGUUCCCAUCCGCUCCUGAAGCAGGUGCCUGUAUUUGUUGGAUAAAGACAGCCAGGCCAGCUGUCCUUUACCUCCAAAGUCAAAGGUCCAGAGAGCCAGAGAGCCAGAGAGCCAUGGGCAGAUCGCCAGAGAUGUGGUUCAUCAUCUUGCUUUCCCUUUUGGCAUCCCUUUCUGCUGAGCCUACCAUGUAUGGGGAGAUCCUGUCCCCUAACUACCCUCAGGCAUACCCCAAUGAGGUCAACAAAAUUUGGGACAUAGAAGUUCCAGAAGGGUUUGGCAUUCACCUUUACUUCACCCAUCUGGACAUAGAGCUGUCAGAGAACUGUACAUAUGAUUCAGUGCAGAUCAUCGCAGGUGGCGUUAAGGAGGAGAGGCUCUGUGGCCAGAGGACAGGCAAGAGUCCCAACUCCCCCAAUGUGAAAGAGUUCCGGCUCCCGUACAACAAACUCCAGGUGGUCUUCAGGUCGGACUUCUCCAAUGAGGAACGGUUUACUGGCUUUGCUGCGUAUUAUGCAGCCAUAGACAUAAACGAAUGCACAGACUUUAUAGAUGUCCCUUGCAGCCACUUCUGCAAUAACUUCAUCGGUGGAUACUUCUGCUCCUGUCCUCCAGAAUAUUUUCUCUAUGAUGACAUGAGGAAUUGUGGAGUCAAUUGUAGUGGGAAUGUUUUCACUUCCCUGGUUGGGGAGAUUUCAAGUCCCAAUUAUCCCAAUCCGUACCCGGAGAACUCAAGGUGUGACUACCAGAUUCUGCUGGAGGAGGGGUACCAAGUGGUGGUAACUGCACGGAGAGAGGACUUUGAUGUGGAGCCGGCUGACUCAGAGGGGAACUGCCAUGACAGUUUAAUUUUUGCUACAAGAAAGCAACAAUUUGGUCCCUACUGUGGCAAAGGAUUCCCUGGGUCACUCAUUAUUAACACCCAGAGUAAUACUCUUGAUAUUGUCUUUCAAACUGACCUAACAGGGCAAAAAAAAGGCUGGAAGCUUCGUUACCAUGGAGAGCCCAUCCCUUGUCCAAAAGAAAUCUCUGCCAACUCUAUUUGGGAGCCCGAAAAGGCAAAAUACGUGUUUAAGGAUGUGGUGAAGAUAACCUGUGUGGAUGGAUUUGAAGUUGUGGAGGGAAAUGUUGGCUCAACAUAUUUUUAUUCUACUUGUCAAAGCAACGGACAGUGGAGCAAUUCCAGACUAGAAUGUCAACCCGUGGACUGCGGCGUUCCAGAACCCAUUGAGAACGGUAAAGUGGAAGAUCCAGAAAACACUCUGUUUGGUUCUGUGGUUCGCUACACGUGUGAAGAGCCGCAUUACUACAUGGAACCCGAGGAAGGCGGGGAGUAUCGCUGUGCUGCCAAUGGGAGCUGGGUGAAUGAGGAGCUGGGCACCGAGCUGCCGAAAUGCGUGCCAGUCUGUGGAGUACCCACCGAGACCUUUAAAAUGCAUCAGAGGAUAUUCGGAGGCUACCGUACCAAGAUUGAAAGUUUCCCCUGGCAAGUCUUUUUUCACUACCCACGGGCUGGUGGCGCCCUUAUUGACGAGUACUGGGUGCUGACGGCCGCUCACGUCGUGGAUGGAAUCUCUGAACCAUCUAUGUAUGUUGGGUCCACGUUUUCGAGAAUGGGACAGUUGGAAAAUGCCCAGAGGCUCACCGCCGAACGCGUGAUUGUCCAUCCAGGCUGGAAAUCAGAGGAUGACUCAAGCACGAGGACAAAUUUCGACAAUGACAUCGCACUGGUGCAGCUGAAAGACCCCGUGAAAAUGGGACCCACUGUCUCCCCCAUCUGCCUGCCGGGCACCUCGCCAGCAUACGAGCCCUCAGAGGGUCAACUGGGGCUGAUUUCAGGGUGGGGCCGAACGGAGAAGAGAUUCAAUGUGGUCCAACUGAGAGGGGCAAAGUUACCCAUCACCUCUUUAGAAAAGUGCCAGCAGGUGAAAGUGGAGAACCCCAAAUUGAGGGCAGAUGAGUAUGUUUUCACUGAGAACAUGAUCUGUGCUGGAGAGAAGGGUGUUGACAGCUGCGAUGGAGACAGCGGUGGGGCUUUUGCCUUGCCGGUCCCCAAUGUAAAGGGCCCCAAAUUCUAUGUGGGUGGCCUGGUGUCCUGGGGGAAGAAGUGCGGGACCUAUGGGAUAUACACAAAGGUGAGGAACUACCUGGACUGGAUCCUGAAAACCAUGCAGGAGAACAGCGUCCCCAGGCAGGACUAAGCUGUGCCCACCAACACCCCUCCGAGGCACGGCGAACUCCUCCUCCUAAGGUCCUUAUGACAGGUCCCAUCAUUUCGCAGUGACAGAGGAGGCAGAGGUGUGAUUAACACUGAACUUGACUGUCAAGAUACCUGCACGGAGGGAGGGUUGGCCGCAGACCCGGGUUGCUUAGUCAGUUGCAAGCACCUGUCUGUUACUGCUACCGAUGUGGUGGGGGCCCUUCUGUCUUGCAUCAUUUUACAGGGAUCUCUUAACUGUUCUCUCUCCACUUCCUUUUACCUGCUUGAAAUUCCUUCAUUUACUCACAACAAAGCAUGCUUCUAAUCCGGUUCCGGCUGACUGGGAGCCACAGAAGGAGGGAGAGACGUGAGAGCAUCUUGUCCUGGAUUUUGGGCAUCAGCAGUUUAUUUGUAACCUUUGUGCAAACAGGGACCGAAGCCUUUCUUCUUUCCAGCUGGGACGCCCUGAAUGCCACGAGGUUAGAACAGGCUCUUUCAGUUUUCCUUUGCGAGUUGUCUCAAUCUGCCUUCUAGAAAUCACUUUUCUUAUAAUGCUCCUUUGUAUCACACUGUGUAAUGACUUAGUGUAAAAAAAAAAAAAAACAAAAAAAAACCCAAAACGAGA